CUAGUCCUCACCGCUUUUCUUCUGCAUACGUUUGAGGGAGGGUUACUCGUCUUGCUGUUGGUAGGCCUGAUGACAAUCCUAUCACUUGCACUUCCGGUCUACUGCUGGAGGAGUGGACUUCUGUAUAGACUCGAGUCGGGGACGAGACGAAGACAGAGGUUAGAGAGUCCUACCCGUAUUGAGAUGCCUGUAGAGAAGCCUCCACUGUAUGAAACACUCGAGUUCACAACUCCUGAAUCUGUGAUGGCCUCCUUGCCCCCGCCAUCGUAUGAAGUAGCGAUUCAAGCAGCUGAAGUACAGCAGGUUCUGCUACCUCAAUGCAAUAGCAGUGAUGCCAACAUAGCGGCGCCAUUGUGUCCAGUACAUCAACAGUCCAGCACCAGUCUCAAACAGUGUCAGAGCACAAGGACGCAAAGGAGUGGGAGCUCAGGGAAUAUCCAUGACGACCUGAGGAGUGAAUUUCUCGUCUAGACACGUUUUCGAGUCGUUUAAUUCGUGGUAAAACCAUCCGAAUCAUACAAUAACUUUUGCAAUACAAACAAAAUGUGAAGUGUAAAAAUAUACAAAAUAUUUUCCAUAA